CUCGAGAAUAUGCAGCGCGCAUUUCAAAGAGGAGGUUUACCACUCAGGGGAUGCUAAAAUGGUCUCACUUGGAUUAAAGAGUGAGAGGAGUGCUAAAUUACUUCCUACCGCCGUGCCGUCUGUGAACGCAAACCUCUCUGCUUGCCCCGUCCCGAGGUCGAGAGACACCGUCUGCCGCAAGCGAGAAAUUGCCACGAUGUUGACAGACGCCUCACAGCAGGAGACUGUGGACAGUGUAGACACUGUGGAGAGUGUCGAUACUGGGGAUCAGCCCUUGCCCUCCUCCACUUCUGACGCUGGGACACAGUGUUCUUUGAAGCCCCCCCCGAUGGUCUCACGUGUGCAGGUUAACCUGAAGCCCAAGAUGGUCAGCGUGGGCACACAGACAUCAUUCGGCACACAAACCUCCACUCCCCUUGCUAGUCCUGAACAGACAGAUGAAGAUGAUGAUAAUGCCUCUGUCAUCAGUGACUUAUCGUGGGUGCCCGAAGAGCCGAUGCAUGAGGAGGACUUGUUUGAUGAGCAGCCACCUUACACGUGUGACCCCCAUCACAAUGGCAUUGACAAAUUCAUUGUUUGCCAAGAGGAGCUGAUGGGCCUUUUUGUCAUCUGUCCGGCCUGUUGUGAGAGGUCAGAUAGUAGCAUCGUGCAGCAGGAAGGAACUUUUCUUAAGAUCAAGCAGGUCUGUGCAUCAUGUGGCUACCACCGUUUCUGGCAAAACCAGCCAAUGCUCCACAGGAACAUGCCGACCUGCAACCUCCUGUUAAGUGGGGCCAUUCAUUUCACUGGAUGUUUGGCCACCCAGACAUUAAGAAUGUUGAGUCUGUUUGGCCUGCAGUGCAUCAGUGCGAGCAGUUACUUUCGCCAUCAGCGCCGCUACACCAUCCCUGUAAUCGUUCAGGCCUGGCAAAACGAUCAAGCUGAAGAAUUUUAGUGACCUACGGGCAAUGGAUGGCGGGCUAGUUCUUGCUGGUGACUGCAGGUCAGAUUCUCCUGGGCACUGCGCUGAAGUAUGGAUCCUACUCUGUGAUCGAGGACAGAGUGAACAAGGUGGUGGAUGUUCAGCUUGUUCAGAGCUCAGAGGUCCCCAACAGCUCAUGGUGUGAGCUUAAGGGCUCAAGCGCAGUGUUGGCCUGCUGAGGGGAAAGGACCUGCAUUUAGCAACGCUGAUCACGGACCGUCAUCGCCAGGUAUUUACAAUAAAAAUGCAGUAUAGAAUGUAAACAUCUGAAUUGCACUGAAGCUGGAUGUUUGUGGUUUGCUGAUACACGGAGGGCCACACAGGUCAAUCAUCCACAAAAGUUUGUUUAUUUCUCCUUAGGUUGCCAAAUGGGUGAGAGAGGAGCUGAGCCCUGAAGGGACACGGCAUUAUUUUGAUGUGUGUCACAUUGCCAAAAAUAUGUAUCCAUUGUUGGAACCUUGAAGCAGUUUUUGUUAGUGCAUAUCAAUUAAUACCAUUUGUUCUAAAACAGGUCUGGGGAAGGCAUUGGAUGCAGCUUCAAAAGAGUGUGACCAACUACAGUUGUGGAGGCCUGCUAUAGUGAAUCACCUCUAUUGGACUGCAGCCUCAACCCCAGAUGGCAACCCAGCAGUCAUGGAGGCUAAAUGGAAAAGUUUAGUCAACCACAUCCAGGACAUCCAUGACCAUGACACCCCUGCUUUCUCCAGUUGUGCCCAUGGCCCUCUAGAUGGGGAUCAGCACAACAAAGAGUGGCUGGACUCAUGUACAGUACACACAGCAUGUGGCAUUAUGUACGCUCUACAGUUUUGUUGUAUUUGCUGUCUGAGUGCUUUGACAUGUGACCUAUGAUGAUUAAAUUAUUUUUUCAUUCCCUGGCAAUCUCAUAACAUUCUGUUUACUGUUUAUGUUUGCAAUAAUUCAUAUGCAGGACUAUUUCAUGUGUUUCUGUUAAAAAAAGAAUUUUUGUCUGAAUCUAUCUUGUCUAUUUAUACGUUUUCCAUCUGUGUGUCUGUCUGCCUCCCUGUCUUGGUCUUUGCAGGCUCAUUGGCAGCAGUAAAGUUGGAGAACAUAAUCACGAGGACUGCCUUACUGAAAGAUGUUCGACAGCUGUCUCCACAGCAUCAGACAUUCUCCCUUGAGGCUUACCACUCCCUCAUCUUGCACUUCGCACCCAAGCACACAGGGUUUUCAUACGUUGGGAUGUAUAGCAGGCUUCUCUUAGCGGCGCUGCAUUACAAUCACAAUGCCAACCGCGAGACAGCACGGAAAAGUGAUGGGACGGAGAAGUACUGCGUGCGGUAUCCGCGCUUCAGAAAAGGUGCCCAUGUGGUGCGUCCCAUCAAAGAGGCAGCCUCAUACGGUUAUGCAACAUCAUUGAUGAAGGCCCUUCAGGAAAGCUACACCCAUUCACCUGCAGCUCUUCAAGAGACAAGUCCAAUGAUUUAGUUGUAAGUAUUUAUUUUAGUUGUUAUUUAUCUUCUUUCCUUCUGUCCCUGUCAUCUCAUUUGGUGGUGGUUUCCUGUAUUCUGCAUGUUUUGUGUGUUGUUGCUUUGGUUUUACUUUGCACUAAAUCAUUACUUUUUUUCGUCUUUGUAAGUGGCAUUAAUUGUCGCUGUACCCCAUUCAAGGGGUCCUGCAUGCUGCAUGUCUGCUCCUCUGUCUGUUAUUUGCAUGAAAUUUGUUUUAUGUAAUUCAAAAUAAUUUACCAAUCAUUUUACCUGUGCCUUGUCAACCUCUGUGUGCGGUGUUGUCUGGGUUCACUGUUUGUCAGCUUGAUAUGCUUUUGCAUGUAUCACUGCAUAUGCAUUCAUGAAAGAGUGUGUGUGAGUGUGAGUGACUGUGUGUGAGUGACUGUGUGUGAGUGAGUGAGUGAGUGUGAGUGAGUGAGUGCGAGAACCAUCAGUUGACCCUCAGGUAAGACCACACUUUUGCAGGCAAAAGAAACUAUGUGCAAAGGUUUCAGGUCUAGCCCUUCAUCAGUGGGCUUUUUUUAUAUAGAUUUGUUUACUUGCAACCUGUGUCUUUGUUCAGUAAUCCUUGUCCUUGUUCAGUAAAUGUUUAGUAACCCUUA